AUGGCGCUGCACGUUGAAUCUAAACACGAGAAAAUGGUAGAAGAUGUAAAAGUUCUGAAGAUAGGUGCACCGAAGGCUUCAGAAGACGUGAAGAAAGUCGACGAACACAAUGAUGUUCAGCUAUCGAUGGAUAAUUUCAAAUUCCAACGAACAAUUGCUAGAGGAAUGUUCGGAGAGGUUAAUGAGUAUACCUCGAUCAAAAGUGGUCACUCGUUUGCAAUCAAAGAGCUGAUAAGGUCACAUGCACUUAACGAGAUCUUCAUGAACGACAGAGAGAUCAAGAACCAUAGGAUCAUCCGACACAAACACUUUGUUCAAUUCUAUGGAACUUUUCAAGAUGAAUUCAAAAUCUACAUCGUUCUUGAAAGAUUGAGCCAGACGUUACGACAAGUGAUGGAAACAAAUGGCAGUCUGGAUGAAGUCUCAAGUGGAGUGGUCGUGAAGGCGGUCUGCAAAGGACUUCAAUACCUUCAUAGAAUGAGUGUGAUCCACCGAGAUUUGAAGCCGGAAAACAUUUUAAUGAGCAACGAGCGAAUCAAAAUUGGGGAUUUCGGUUUAGCUACGACGGAGACAGGUGAAACUUGGUGUGGAACGCCAGGACACAUAGCACCCGAAUUGUUCCGUAAGGAAACACACGGAACACCGGCCGACAUGUUUUCGCUUGGAAUCAUGGCGCAUGAGAUGAUUCAAUCGAGACUUCCCUUCACCGAAGAAUAUUGGAGGAAGAAUGUAAUACGGGCCAACACUUUGAAAUAUGUACCUCCCGCCACUUUCUCCCAACCGUUUAGCACUGUAAUGAUUUCACUAUUGAACAAGACGCCGUCUAAAAGGAUGACGGCAGAUGAAGUGUUAAGAUCUGAUUGGCUGUUCGAUCUGGAGGUGAACUAUGAACGCGAUCAGAUUGAGAGAAUACGGAGAGAGCACCUCUAG